CUGCCUCUCGGUUAGUUUUCAUCAGAACGAUCCGGAUGAGACACUUGUCCUCUAAGCAGAAAAAGGAGGUAAACUCUUGGUAGUGUAUGUGGAAAGGAGAAGAUAUUCUCGGACAACAUCACUCUUAUUUUGGAUCGACUUUUGGAUGGUUAUGACAACAGACUGCGACCUGGAUCUGGGGGUGGUAUUACGGAGGUGAAAACAGACAUCUUUGUCACCAGCUUUGGACCAGUUUCAGAUGUUGACAUGGACUACACCAUGGACAUGUUCUUCCGUCAGAUGUGGGUUGACGAGCGGCUAAAAUUCGAGGGUCCCACGGAAAUCCUGAGGCUGAACAAUCGCAUGGUGGACAAGAUCUGGACGCCAGACACUUUUUUCCGAAACUCCAAGAAGGCCAUUUCCCAUAACACGACCACACCUAACAAACUCUUCCGCAUCAUGCAAAACGGGACUGUCCUCUACACCAUGAGACUGACAAUCGCUGCAGAGUGUCCAAUGAGUCUGAUGGACUUCCCCAUGGACGGCCACGCAUGUCCUCUCAGGUUUGGAAGCUAUGCCUACACGAGCAGUGAAAUCCUUUUCACUUGGAGGAAAGGACCAGUAGCUUCUGUCGAUUGUCCCGCGGAGUCUAUGAGCCUUCUGCAGUAUGACCUUGUGGGGCAGACUUUGUCCAGUGAGAUAUUCAAAGCAAACACAGGUCACUACGCUGUGCAGGUGGUCUAUUUCUUCCUCCAGAGGAAGCUGGGCUACUACCUCAUACAGACAUACAUCCCUCUUAUAAUGGUUGUUGUGCUGUCACAAGUCUCUUUUUGGAUCAACAAGGAGUCUGUUCCUGCGCGCACAGUUGCCGGCAUCACCACAGUGCUGACUAUGACCACCUUGAGCAUCAGCGCCCGCCAGUCGCUUCCCAAAGUAGCCUAUGCCACCGCCAUGGAUUGGUUCAUCGCUGUAUGUUUUGCCUUUGUGGCGUCGGCUCUCAUCGAGUUUGCAGCAGUAAACUACUUGGCCACGCUCCAGGCCAACCGCCUGAAGAAGCGGAAAGCUAGACAAUACAAGCUUGAGGUGUUGACCACCGGCGAUGAAGACAACUCAGUUUCGUCUGACUAUCAGGAAGGCCUGAAGAAGAGAAACCAUUCGGUGUGUCGCAGCGAGCCUGGAGAUGCUCCACCAGUGCCGAUUUUCCUCCAGCAGGGCUCAGCUUUUCCUCCAAACCCGCAACUGGCCGGCACAAGCCCCAUCGACAAGUACUCCCGCAUCCUCUUCCCACUGGCCUUCGGCCUCUUCAACCUUGUGUACUGGUACAACUACCUGGCCAAGGACACCAUGGAGAGGGCCAGGGACGCAGAUCUUGAAAACUAAGAGGACCUGGAAAAGGGCAUGUGCACCCGGAGAGACCUUCAGCAUCCAGCCAGCCUCACCUCACCCUCCUCUCUCUCUCUGUGUGAACAAGCUCUCAGCAGUCACUCUGCUCUCAUCUGACAGAGGAAAUGAAUCAGAAACUCAUUUAUUCUCCUGCCGCACAUCUAUUCAUUUCACAGGCUGUGACCACUGCCCACUUGUGUUCUGAUCAGUAGCUGAAGAGCUGCCCUUCACGGGCCUCAAUCACUUUAAAGCCUGCCACACGUACACACAACAACUUCUCGGGCCCCCGGAUCGAGACAGACGGCACACACGUACAGCACGCAUGACACUCAGACACGCACACAGACCAAGAAACACAUCAAAAAGAAAUGCAUGAUAUAAUCUAUGAUGGCUGUAACUGGUGGUGAUGCAACAGUGAACCAAUGCUUUCAGAAGCCUGCCCUCUACAGAAGCACAGCUCCCACUACAACAAGAUCAAAGGCAAUUUAGAGGAGGCUCGCAUCCCUCCCCGCGGCUUUAAAAAUGUACUCAAACCUGAGAAAAUGAAUUGUGGGAUUGUGUUUUCCAUCCCACCUUUCUGCUCUGGCGCUCUGGUGCUCCCUCUUCAUUUUCAGAUCUGCUGCAGGUCCUCUGAAAACAUUGCAGGGAAGAGUAGGAUAUAAUACCCAUGGGUGUUGAUGACAUUAAUUUUUGUACAGACGCGGCAUGAUUGUUGGGUAAAAAUGUUUGCAUAUAGAGACUGUCUUCCUGCAAUGGAUGGAUUGUUAUUCUCUUUUUAACCUCUAAACAUGUCCAGUAACAUAAAAGCUGAAGGAAUAAACUUGAUCUUAAGUUGACAUUUUGACCACCUUAACCCUUCAAUGCAUCAUAUUGUUUGACCUUGUCAGGAUGUAAACUCAUCUGCCGUGUAAUAAACAUGAAAA